GUCACAUCGACGGCCUCUGGUUUGGUUCUGCAAGGAGACAACAUUAGGAUACUGGCUGGUGCUGCAACAUGCUGGGAGAGGAAACAGGACAUUGAGUCAGAAACACAUAAGAAAGAUGCUCUGAGGAGAACAAACCUGUUCUUCAAGCUGUCAACGUCUUUCCAAGCUGCGACCGAGCCCGUGCACAAGUCAUGACGUAUAUCUUCGUCUUUCCUGAAGAUUACUUUGGGUCAUCGAAUGAAACGCUCGUCAUCGAUCAAGACACGUUAUCAUGUGAGCUGAAACCUCUGGGGCCCACAGCAGGUGUGGCCGUGGGCGUCCUCCUCAUCGGCAUCUUCCUACUGGCGAUACCGGGAAACCUGUUGGUGGGGUGGGUGAUCAGCACCAACAAACAGACCCUGAGCCCUUCGGAUGUGUAUCUGUUUCAUCUGACGAUAGCCGACGGCCUGAUUGCGCUCACACUCCCUUUCUCGGCUGUGGCGGUCGUCCAGGGAUGGCUCUUUGGAGGCUUCAUGUGCAAACUCGUCAGCCUCAUCAAAGAAGCCAACUUCUACAUCAGCAUCAUCUUCCUGGCCUGCAUCAGCAUCGACCGCUACCUCCUGAUUGUGCACGCCAGUGAAACUGUAAAGAGCCGCCAGAGGAUGUGCAGCCGGCUCCUCUGUGCAGCGGUCUGGGUCUUCGGCUCGGCCCUCGGCCUGCCGGCGCUUUUCCAUGAAGCCGUUAAGUUCAAUGACGACUCGGACAGGAUGACCUGUAUGGAAGUCUUUGACAUCGGCAAAUCCAACUGGUGGAGGAUCGCCAUCAAAGGGUUCCGCCACAUGUUUGGCUUCUUGCUGCCUCUGGGGGUCAUGAUUGUCUGCUACAGCAUCACCACAGUGAGGUUGCUGCACACACGUGGUUUCCAGAAGUACCGGGCCAUGAAGGUCAUCCUGGCCGUGGUGAUUGCGUUCCUACUCUGCUGGAUACCGUACCACAUAACCAUGAUCAUAGACACGCUGAUGAGGACAGAUCUGAUCAAGUUUGACUGUGCAAUGAGGACAUCGGUGGACCAGGCUCUGAAUGCGACCCACAGUCUGGCUCUGAUGCACAGCUGCAUCAACCCGGUCCUCUACGCCUUCGUGGGCGAGAAGUUCAGGAAGAAAGUGCUGCUGCUUUUCCAGAGGAAGGUCAGAAAUGAGAGGUCCACAUCGUCAAGGUUCAGCAGGUCCACGUCUCAGACGUCCGAGGGACACGGAGCUUUUUUUUAGAGACUUUUCACGUUUUUAUUUGCAAAGGGUUUUUAUUCCGGAAAGAAAGAGUUGUGACAAGUGCAAGAUGUUCAAGAAAUGCAAGAACCCCCCCCCCCUCUGGAAAAACGGUCGUUGCUAAUGCAAUUCGGUAACGUUAGGUGGCAGUGUCACGAAAACCUAAGUCUACAAUAUAAUCUAUUAAUCAAUUAACCUAUAAAAGUCACAUUUAUCUGUAGUUUGAUUCCCCAGCAGGAUGUUUUCAGUUCUGUCUCUGUGCUCUAUGUGACUCACUGCUGCCACCUGGUGAACUCACUGCCACAUAGUACAUCCACUAUUCAAAACUUUAAUCUCGUCUCUUAUUUAAUCAAGUGUGGAUCAGCCUUUAUGCCUGUUUUUACUGCUCAAACUGCUCCUAUGUUCUGUCUCUUUGUCUUUUUUUAUGCAUUUGAU